CUCUGCGAAGAAGACACCGCAGACUGCGGCCAAGGCCAUGAUGCAGGCCCGCGCUCGCUGAAAAUGGAGAUUCACAAGAAUUUCUCCAAUUUUGCGGCAUUGCUUCCUUUCUUGGCUCUUCUGCAAGGGUUGCGCUGCGCGCAGCGGGGUUGCGGAGAUCCCAACGCGCGGAGUGCCUUCGAAAGAUUCUCGGCUGCCAUAGUAUUUGAAGAAGACGCUCAAGCCUGAGAACGCGGUCACAGGACCAAAUGCUGCUGUUUACAUCGGCACUGAUGUGGCAGGACAUAUACCACCGGAGUACUCUUGCAGAUCGGCCAUGUCCUUUCUCGCGUGCAUCGACUCAAAAAGCAGUCUUUGAGGUGCGCCCUCAAGAGUAGCUAGAGCUUAAAAUCGCAGGAGGAGCAACGUCUCUUGCAUCGAGCCCAAGUUGAAUCACAAAAUUGAUCUUUAGCAGACGGUUUUGCGCUGAUCGUCAGUUAUGGAGAAGCGGAAACUCUUAUCAGAUGUCGGGGUCUGGGCCCUCAACAUUGGCAGUUCGGUGGGCAUCAUCUUUGCUAACAAGCAAGUGCUCUCCGUCUUCGACUUCAAAUUUGCCACGUCGCUAACCGCGAUGCACUUCCUGGUGACGUCGUUGGCGGGGGCCCUCGGAAAGGCGUCGGGAGGCGUCAUGUCGUCCGGAAAGACGGUCCCGUUCUGGGACAUUCUGCUGUUCACGGUCAUGGCAAACUGCUCCAUUGUGGGGAUGAACGUCAGCCUGAUGCUCAAUUCGGUCGGCUUUUAUCAGAUCUCAAAGCUGAGCAUGAUCCCAGUGAGCUGCGUCUUCGAGUACCUCAUCCACGGCAAGACCUUCUCCGCUGAGGUCAAGGCAUCCAUCGCCGUCGUGCUACUGGGCGUGGGGGUGGUCACCGUGACGGACCUGAACGUCAACUUUGCCGGACUCCUGACUGCCGUGAUCGCCGUCGUCUCGACGUCUCUCCAGCAGAUCUUCAUCGGCUCCCUCCAAAAGAAGCACGGCGUGACGUCCUUCGAGCUCCUCGGCAAAGUCGCGCCCAUCCAGGCCGUCACGCUCACGGUCAUGGGCCCCUUCGUCGACUACUUCCUCACGAGCCGCCGGGUCAUCGACUACCCGUUCUCCGUUCCAGCCCUGAUGUUCAUCGGGCUCUCCUGUGUGCUCGCCGUCUUCUGCAACAUCAGCCAGUUCAUGUGCAUCGGCCGGUUCAGCGCUGUAACUUUCCAGGUCGUCGGUCACAUCAAGACGGUCCUGAUUCUCUUUCUCGGCUGGGCGGUGUUCCACCAGGCCAUGAGCCUCAAGAACGUGGGCGGAAUCGUGCUGGCGAUCGCCGGAAUGCUGGGGUACAGCUGGGCGCUAGAGUACGGGGGCAAAAGCAAGCUCCAACCGGAGAGCGUCAUCCGGGCCGCUGCGACGAAUGCGAUCAAACGGGUUAUAAACGCCGGGGAUGCCAAGGAGGAUGGCGAGACGAGCCCGAUGCUUCUGCAACGGGUGAACAGCGGGGAGCUCCGCAUGGUCGACGACAGCAAAGUGUAAAGUAGAAUCAGAGCAUUGUAAGAUUAUUAAUACCGGGUUUCGGAAAAUGGAAGGUGCAACCUGAGCCGCACAUCUGCGGUUCUUGCAUUAUACUGGUAUUCACAGUAGCGGAAGGACGAUUAUGUCGAGCAGUGUAGACACCCGCGGUAAAGGUAACACAUUUGUACUGAAUCUGACUGCCGAACUCAGUUCAACAGCGGCCCGCCAUAGUUCAUAAUCUAGCCUUCCGGCAUGAAUCCGUGACAUCAGACCCUACAAACAUCUAGUCGCGGAAGCUCAUUAAUCGCAACGUAAGGUCCACUUUGAGGAGCCUACCUAAUCAAGUCACAUGCAUUGUUGACUGAGCAAUCUUGUAUAAGCAGUCAUUGAAUGACGCUUUGUCGUGCCGUG